AUGUCUAGCUUAAUUAUUGAUGAAGCAAUUCAUGCAGAUACGCACCACAAAGACCUGAAACGAAUUGUUGCCAUCAGUAUCGACGAAGAAUCGGGUGAAUAUGUGUACGACUGGGCUAUUAACAAUUUUAUCAACCCGGAUACGGAUUUAGUGGUCUUUUUGAAUUGUCGACAGAUCGAUGCUCCUGCAGCUCCUUAUAUCAACCCUACGGGAUUUAUCGAGGAAUUUGACGAGAAACGAAAAAUCAAGAGCCAUCAAUUGCUUCGCUUUUAUGCUGAUCAAUUAAAAUUUGCAAACAUAGCAGUGCGAGCGAUUGCAUUGGCGGGAGAACCUAAAAUGGAGAUUAUCCGGAAAGUGACAGAAUUAAAUGCAGAUGUCUUACUUCUCGGCUCUCGACGACUGGGUACUGUGAAAAGAGCAUUGCUGGGAAGUGUCAGUGACUACUGUGGGCACAAAUCCCCUUGCACCGUCAUCAUUGUUAAGGCCCACCCUAGCCAUCCCCAGGGUAAACAUGAGUUGAGAAGUGUCUUUAAACGACAUGUGGAAUAA